AAUACCUGAGGCCAAACAGUUCGUCUGCUAGUUAUGGGAGCUCACUCUUGAGGACUUGUGAAGAGCUACACGACCUCGGCUAGCAGACACUUGCUUCAGAUCAGCACUGGUAUGCUAACUGGUCGAUAGAACACUGCCCGGAGUAUAAUUUCGUUUGCACCAUGGCUAUGAAUCUCACAAACCAAGCUAUUCGAAGAGCAGCAGUCGCUGUAAUGCCACCAUGGCAGCGACAGCUAGCUGCCUCAUUUUACACAUCAGGGACUCAGGCAACUAAAAAGCAAGACAAACAUGUAGAAGUCAACCAUUCAAGAGUGAGAGGGAUAGACAUUUUGAGGAACCCUAGACUGAAUAAGGGCACAGCUUUCAACCUCAAAGAAAGACAGCUGAUGGGUAUUCAAGGGUUAGUUCCACCUGUUGUGAGAAGCAUGGAUGAGCAAGUCGUCAGAGUCAUGACCAACUUUUAUAAACGGCCCACUGAUCUUGACCGCUACAUUUACCUCAUGGCACUACAGGACCGCAAUGAGCAUCUCUUUUAUCAUGUUCUGACAGAACACGUAGAGGAGAUGAUGCCAAUAGUGUAUACACCCACUGUUGGCCAAGCAUGUCAGGAAUAUGGUGUAAUCUUUAGACGUCCCAGGGGGCUCUUUAUCUCAAUCAAGGAUGCUGGCCACAUUUAUGACAUUCUCUGCAACUGGCCAGAGCGCAAUGUCAAGGCCAUUGUAGUAACGGAUGGUGAGCGCAUUCUUGGACUUGGUGACUUGGGUGUAUAUGGUAUGGGAAUCCCAGUAGGCAAGCUCUCACUGUACACAGCUCUGGGCGGCAUCAACCCAGCCAAGUGCUUGCCCAUUUGCCUUGAUGUUGGCACAAACAAUGAGAAACUUCACAAGGACCCACUAUACAUUGGGUGGGCUCAUAAACGAAUAACUGGUGCGCGAUAUGAUGCUUUCAUAGAUGAAUUCAUGCAAGCUGUGGUGAAAAGGUAUGGUCAGAAUUGCUUGAUUCAAUUUGAGGACUUUGGCAACCAUAAUGCUUUUCGCUUUCUGGAGAAAUACAGAAGCAAGUACUGCACUUUCAAUGAUGACAUUCAGGGCACAGCAUCUGUCGCUACUGCAGGGGUCAUUGCUGCUAUGCGCAUUACAGGCAGAAAGUUGGCAGACAACACAUUUGUUUUUCAAGGUGCAGGAGAGGCUUCCAUAGGGAUAGCAGAGUUGCUUGCCCUUGCCAUGCAGGAUGAAGGGUUAGGCAAAGAAGAGGCAUACAGCAAACUGUGGAUGGUUGAUUCACGUGGACUCCUGGUCAAGAACCGACCCUCAGGAGGAAUAAGUUCACACAAACUACCUUUUGCCAAAGACUUCAAACCAUUGACCAGCUUGGAGGAGAUUGUUGAUGCAAUCAAGCCAACCGCUUUGAUUGGUGCAGCUGCUGUUCCUGGUGCUUUCACAGAAAAGGUGAUCCGAUCCAUGGCAUCCUUCAACGAUAGGCCCAUCAUUUUUGCCUUGUCCAACCCUACCAGCAUGUCUGAGUGCACUGCUGAACAGGCCUACACCCUGACUGAUGGUCGAUGUGUGUUUGCCAGCGGCAGCCCCUUCCCACCAUGCACGAUUGGUGGGAAGACAUACUACCCUGGGCAGGGAAAUAAUGCCUACAUUUUCCCUGGUGUUGCCUUGGGAGUGCUUACUUGUGGUGUCAGACAUAUUGAUGACCGGGUCUUCCUAUAUGCUGCAAAGGCACUGGCUAACCUUGUGACACAAGAGCACCUUGCAGAGGGUCGUGUCUACCCCCCUCUGUCUCAGAUCAGAGAAGUAUCUGCAGCUAUUGCAACUGAGGUUGCUGAGAAUGUUUACAGGGAUGGAAUGGCAUCUGCAUACCCCGAACCAGCUAACAAAGCUGCCUACAUUCAAUCCUUCGUUUAUAACACAGAAUAUGAAAGCUUUGAACCAGCAACAUGGGAUUGGCCAGAAAAUUAGGCUGAUACAAAGGGCUAUCUCUUAGAGCAAAUAAGUACAGAUUUACUCGUCAACAGUGCGUAAAAGGUGGACUUUUUUUUACUUAUAUCUGUAGUUUCGUUAUUUUCCAUGCAUUGCAAAUUUUAGUGGAUGGCUAAUAUUACGUGUUCAGGCAACAGCUUAUGCCUUUCAUUUGUAUGUGUAGUACUACUCAAGAUUUCUGUCCUUAUUUUUUAAAUGCAAGUAGAAUUUGUUUAUACUGUGCUAUUUACAUGCAGGUUUGGUAUGUGCAGAUAUAUUUUUAAUUUCAUCUUUGUAUAACUAGAUGAGUGUGAUGCUAGUGUAGAAGUGAGAUAAUGGGCUCUUUUUGCUGAACAGCAGGCUGUUUCAUUUCUAUUUUCAUUUUGUUUAUCUUCGUUAGUUGCUUUUUAGUACUUUAGUAUUCUUUUCAUGGUGAAAAAAAGAUUUGUAUACAGGUUUAUAUACAGGGCUUAUUUUAUGGACAUUUUGAACAUUUUUAGUUACGGGUGUAUGCUUGGGUGCCUGAGUUUAAUGAUAAUUUGUAUAUGCUUCCCACUGAACAUAAUGAAAACAUUUAUAUUUAUUGAAAUACCAAAUACGAGAAGAAAUCAUGACAAUUUCAGUGUUGAAUAUUCUGUGCCUGAUGAGGCCAAAUUACAAAUUCUUACAGCAAUUUUUACCAAAUCAUUGUACACAUUAGAAAAAUUGAGUGAACAGCAUGAUAGCCAGAAAUACAUUGUACCAUUCCUUUCAAACUUUUUAGAUCUCUGUGUUCAUAAAAUAAUUUCAGUUGUGUUCUUUGGUUACUGCUCAAGUAUACAGGUUAUCAGGCCUUUUUUUCUUCAGUGCUUUUCCUAUCACCUGUAGUUUGUUCUGAACUGUAUAUUGCAGUCAUUUGAGUUGCAGUAAUAUUACAUUAUUGAGUACCAUAAAUCUUUAAUGUCUACCUCUAUCCAUAAUUGAAAAUAUUUUUUGGUUGGGAGCUACGAUGAGUAAUAUGUACAACAGUAGUAUUAUACACCCACAAGCUACACUGCUAAACAUGCUUUGAACUAUCCAACGAGAAUUGCAUCCGGAGUGAACAAUUUCAUUAUUUGCAUAAACUAAGGUGUGAAAUAAGAGAUAAAAUAGGCUUUUGCAGCAACGAUCAAAGAUGAAGCUGAAAGAAAAUUUGCGCUGUUGAGAAUGAGACGUCAUGAUCAAGCAUGAUAUCACUAGAGAUUACUGAAAGUUUUUUGUUUCCAUGUGGUUAUACAUCCAUGUUGAAGUGGUUGAAUAGGAUUUAAUAUGGAGUUUUAAAUGAAAGUUUAAGUGAAAGACUUGUAAGGAGUAAUACGGCAAUUAUAGUGCAUUUACCUGGAUUGAAUCUCAAUGGCCUUUAAGUUAUUUGUUGAAACCUUAAAACAGCAUACACUGUGCAUUAUGGAGACAUGUUUCAGGCAUUCAUGGAAAUCAUCCUUGAUCUUUUUUCCAACAAUCCAUUGAUAAUAUAAUGUGGCAAAGGUGUAAUUACAAAUUGUAUACUAUUUCAGACAGCAUACAAGUGAUAUACUAUGUUCUUUGCAUAUAUUAGUCAUUUUUUCUUUACUACAUUUAUGUAUCUUAGACAUACACUGAUGCACACAACCACAAAUGUGAAUGCACGCAUGUGCCCAGAGACCUAUAUGCACACACAAGCAUAUAUAUGUAUGCUAUCAUGAGUGCGUAAUAGCAAAUUCACUCCACCACUAAAUUGUCCACAAUUUCAUGUUAAAACCUCUGAUUAAUUGCUUUAUUACAAUCAUAGGCAGUGCCUCAAAGUAUGCCUAUGAGUUAAAUUCUGGUUCAAAUUUCUUCAUAUUAACUAGACCAUGAUGCUAAGAUUGUUUGGUUCUAAAACGAAUGAUGAGGAGUCGUGUCACUUGUUUUUUGAAUGCUACACACCACUGCUGUUGAAACAAUUGCUCACCCUCUUGCUCAAUCCAAGUGGCUCAGAAGGCCUUGUUUUAAAUGCUAAUGGAUGUAGAUUUUUUUCACCAAAGAAAGCAACUUGGUAUGAUUCCUAAUUCUUGAGGAAAAUUGAACAUGAAAUUUUGGUUGAUCUUCUCAGCACUAGAAGACAAGAAAUUAAAAAUAUGUAAAAAUUUACCUUCUGAACCCUGCCCUCUUACUCCAUUUGCUAGAUGGAUUCCAAACCCUUUGAGGCUGCAUGUUAGCCAAUCCAAAUUUGGCAGUUGGGAUACAUAAUAAUCAUAUUGCAAAAGUAAACAACUGUCUACACCUCUUGUUUAUAUACAAUAACAUUUACAGUGUUCAGUAAUUUAAUCUCUGUGCAAAUGCUCAACUGUAUGUACUAGUGAUGCACAGACAUGCAGACACUGCUUACUAUCAAAGCAUACCCAAAGUUAAGCUGUGGCAUGAUCUUAUUUCUUAGCUAUUUUCUGUUUGGUAUUGUCAACACACCAGCUUUUUAAAUGUGUAAAUUAGCAUUUAGAACAUAUCUUUUAUGUAAACAUAGUUUUGCUUUUUAAAAACUACCCAUUUGAGGUUCACAUGUUGAUAAGACUGGUGCUGGAACUCGAUGAUCACGGGAUUUCUUGAUGUUUCAUUGUCCAGUAAAGUACAAAUUUUGAUUAUUUUUGUAAAUUUAUCAAUGCAAGAAGCGUUAAAGGUAUAUAGCAGUGGUGCCCAACCUUUCCUUACCUGAAGGCCGCAUUGGACAUGACAUAAAAUUUCCUGGGCCAGAACAUGGCGGUUUUGCUAGAAUCAUGACAUUAAAAAUGAAAUUAUGUUGUCUGGUUAAAAUGAGGGGGCCAGAUGAGACACCUUUUGCAGGCCAGAUGUGGCCAGUGGGCAGUAGGUUGGGCAUCCCUGGUAUUUAGUAAAUGAUUGCAAGAUAUUCUUUUAAAAAAAACUUCUGAGUAGGUGUUUUGGGGUACAUGUUCAUUGAGUAUUGAAAGAUGUUGAAUGCCACCACGAUGAGUUAUGCUGUAUUUUUCUUCAUGACAAUGAGACGGCUCAUCAGUUUUGCUUUUUUCCUAAUCUGCAAAGUGGAUUCUUUCUCCAGUAUCAUAAUCUAUACAGUCCACUUCCAUUACUACGUGUGCCAUUAGAAAGAUUACUGUGUGUAUUAAAAUAAAACUUAUUACUCAUGUUUGCAACAUUGUUUAUUCUCAUGUUUUUUUUAUCUGUUCAUGUUGUCAUUCACAGUAAUGUGUAACUAUUUUUUGAGAGUUUGGUAAACUAACAUGUUGUGUCUUUUUGUAUGUUUUUUGAAUAUCUUUGUGGAGAAUGAGCAGGAAAGAAAGGCCACUUUAACAUAUUUCUUAGACAUAAAAACAAAAAAAACCCCAAUUAAAUAUUUAGACAAUGUCAGAAGUUAAUUAAACAUUACAAGAACUU